UUUAAGGGUAUUUUUAAUCUUUUGUGUAUAGAAUAAAUGAAAAUAUAAUGUUUGUGUUUUGUUGUGUACAAAUACAAUAGAGUGAGAAUUUCGGGCGUGAGGGUUAGGGCGACGAGGAGCGUCGCUUUGCCGUGGCCGAUAAAUCCAUUAUCAGCGGUUCCCACUUAAAAUGCUGUCCAUGACACUACAGAUGGAUUCCGAAGCUAAUGAAAUGCAACAGAAACAAGAACGCUUGAGAACAAGAUGGACACCCUCCCUGGACAUGGUUUUUGCUGACCUUGUUGUUGAGCAGAUUAAGCUGGGGAACCGGCCGAACAAUGUCUUUGAUAAGAAAACUUGGAAUUAUAUACGUGAUGAAUUUAAUAGACAGACAAAUCUUCAUUUCAAUAACAACCAACUAAGAAAGCACCUUGAUGUGUUGCGCACUCGUUACUACAACCUUAAAUCUGCUUCUGAUCAAAAUGAUGCUUUGGAUGAAUCUUGCUACAUUGGUUUUGACCUAUGGGAAGACAUUGGGGCUCAGCCUAAGCCUGAAUCAAGCAAAACCAAGGAGUGCCCUAUCUAUGAGCAGCUGUGCACAAUAUUUGCUGACUCGGGUGCUGAUGGGAAGUACGCCCAAUCAAGUCACUAUGCAGGGCUGGACAAAUCUGCCGGGAUAGAUACCUCAUUUAAAGAAAAUGGCAACUUGGCUUCUGUAAAUCCUUCAUCAUCAACACCUUUACACAGUGCUUCUACUUCACAACAAACUGCAAGGACUGUAGCUGGUAAAAAGAGAAAGUGUCCAUCAGAGAUGGUUCCUGCUGCAGGCCAGAACUGCGAGGAUAAAGAGAUAAUUGAUGCUAUGGCAGAAGCGAUGCGGGAGAUGAUUGCUGCUUCAAAGUUUCAGACAGUUGCAAUGCCUCAAGUUGAUGGAAGCUUUACAGUCCGUAAAUGUAUCAAAGCUUUGGAUGAGAUAGAAGGCGUUCCGGACAAUCUUUACUAUGCAGCUUUGGAUUUAUUCGACAAUCCCAGUCUAAGGGAGAUGUUCAUUUGUCUUAACAGCAGCAGGAUACGGCUGACAUGGUUGCAGGGGAAAUGUGCUAAUCUUGCUUCAUUGUUCCCCCCCGGUUUACAAGUUUAGUGGUAGAUACCCAUUUUAUAUAAUGAAAAUUUUAUUGGAAAAUGGAUAUAUAAGUUCCUAUGGCCUGCUUGUAGUUGCCAGCAUGGGACAGGUAAAUACAUUAUAGUUAGGUAGCAGCAUACAUUUGGAGUUGUGUCAAGGGAUUGGUGGUACUGGCUACGGAAACUAAGGCUUUACAUGUUCGUAAUGCCACUGGGCAGAUUAGGCAUUCCAUUUUCUCUUGCAAAGAAUGUUUUGAAUGGAAGCUUUUUGUACUUAUCAAUGAUAUGUUGCCAACUACAUCUCAUUUGGAUCA